AAUUUAGAAAAGAAAGAGAUAAAACCAUUGAAAAAGAGACGGAAAUAAAAAGCAGAAGGAGAAAAGAUAAUAACAAAUCUUUUUUACUUUUAUUACCUAAAUUGUUGCUUUCUGUUUCAUAGUGAUUUUAAAUAAAAAUUUUAUCUAAAAACAUAAAAAUGUAUGCAAAAGGAAAAGGAUCCACAGUUCCAUCAGAUGCACAAGCGAGGGAAAAACUCGCUCUUUACGUCUACGAAUAUCUCUUACAUGUUGGCGCACAAAAAGCGGCCCAAACUUUCCUAUCAGAAAUUCGAUGGGAGAAAAACAUCACGUUGGGUGAACCACCUGGAUUCCUUCACAGUUGGUGGUGUGUCUUCUGGGACUUAUAUUGUGCAGCACCAGAACGUCGUGACACAUGUGAACAUUCAUCAGAAGCUAAAGCAUUUCAUGAUUAUGGAUUUGUUUCAUCUGGGUAUGGCGUGAACGGGAUCGCACAUAAUUCUGGUCCUGCUCCAAGUCCACUUGGUCAAUUACCAGCUAAUGAAGGCUUACCAGGCGGACCAAUGGCUCCUGGAUUCUUUCCUAAUUCAUCGUUAAGACCUUCACCUCCAACGCAUCCAUCGUCACAGCAAUCUCCACAUUCACAACCUGGUGCACCAACACACAAUCAGAUGAUGCCGAACCAACCUUUUAUGGGACCGAGAGGAUAUCCGGGAGGACCAAGAGGGCCUGGAGUUAGAAUGCCACAAGGAAUGGGCAAUGAAUUUAAUGGCCCCCCAGGACAGCCGCUAAUGCCGAACAACAUGGAUCCAACACGUCAAGGAGAUGGCGAAUUUGUAUGGCAAGGGCCUCCAGGAAUGGGUGGAAUGAACCCGCGAAUGAAUCCGCCUCCUAGGGGGCCUGGGAUGGGUCCUAUGGGAAGUUAUGGGCCGGGUAUGCGAGGUGGCCCUCCUAACAGCAAUUUAGGUCCUUCUGGUGGACCAAUUCCACCCAUGAUUGGCGGUCAGAGACCAUGGACACCUAAUACAUCAACACCAAUGAAUUAUUCGUCUUCAUCACCAGGAAGUUACGGAGGACCUCCACCGGGUGGUCCACCAGGUACACCAAUCAUGCCAUCUCCUCAAGAUUCAUCAAACUCGGGCGGAGAAAACAUGUACACAAUAAUGAAGCCAGUUGUUCCAGGCGGUAACAUUGGAGGUGAUUUCUCUAUGGGUGGUGGUGGUUCCGAUGGAUCACAAAUGGGUCCUAUGGGUGGUGUUUUAAAUGGUGACGGACUCGAUGGGAUGAAAAAUUCUCCAGCUAAUGGAUCAAGUGGUGGUGGUGGUGCAGGAGGCCCAGGAACGCCGCGUGAUGAUUCUGGAUCUGGUAUGGGCGACUACAACUUGGGAGGAUUUGGUAGUGGAGGAGGAGAAAAUGAUCAAACGGAAUCAGCUGCAAUCUUAAAAAUUAAAGAAAGUAUGCAAGAGGAAGCAAAACGAUUUGAAAAAGAUAAUGAUCAGCCGGAUUAUUACAUGCAGUAACGAGACAAAAUAAACAGCGAUUCAUCAAGGAUGAUGAGCAUAUUUGAAAUUCCAUCAAGUCGAUUGUACUUUAAACGAUUUUUGUUUGUUUUUAUACCUCAAAAGAUGACAAAAAAGAAAAUAAUAUCGAAGAAAAUAAUUGGAUAUCCUAAGAGCAAAAAAAUAAAUAAAUAAAUAAUAAAAUUUACGUCCUUUUCAAGUUAGUUGCACAUUUAAAAAAACUUUCGUCUCGUGAUAUUGUUAAUACAACACGUCAUUAUCGGUCAAAAUCAUCUCGAUGUGACGUCACAAGACGACCAUAUUCAUCACUAACAACUUCAUCUCUCUCAAUUAUAUUUUGUCUGUUUUAUUGAUCGUGUAAGAUUUCUUAGCAUAAGAUUUAGAAGCAUAUUUUUUAACUUUCUGACUUUCUUUGUGGUAAAAAGUUGAAAAUAAAUAAAAGUAAGAGCCAAUCACAAAUAUUUGAAGUUAUGAAGAUCCACAUGAUUUAUUUGAAAAAUGGGGAAUGGAAUAAUACAAACUAGAACAAAGUGGAAAUUUUAUUGGAAAUGUAAAAAAAGUAAAUUAAUGAUAAUUCAAGUUAUUAAGCGUAAUUAUGAAGUAAAGAAACAUACUUUUCAUGAAUGUAUGUAAUAAUCAAAGUGGUCUCGCAAACGGAAAGAAAUCUACAAGAUUUCUUAUUUUUAUUUUAAAAUCUCUUCCGUUCAAAAUACUUUUAUCGUUUCUUUUUUGUUUUUAAUUUUUGUAAAUUAUAAAACUUGGAUAAUGAAUAAAUUGACAGUAAAUGAAUACAAAAAAUAACUUUUGCAUUCUUUUUAUAGAAUAUAUUCUGAGG